AUGAUCGACGAGGAGGUGCUAACGAUGCUAUCAUCAGGACAAACUGGUCUUGGUAAAUCCACCCUCAUCAACACCAUCUUCGCCUCUCACCUCGUGGAGAGCAAGGGUCGCCUUGUGCCCAACGAGCCCGUCCGCAGCACCACCGAGAUCCACCCCGUCACCCACAUCAUCGAGGAGAAUGGCGUCCGCCUGCGCUUGAACAUCGUCGACACUCCUGGCUACGGCGACCUCGUUAACAACGACCGCUGCUGGGAUCCCAUUGUCAAAUACAUCAAGGACCAGCACAGCGCUUACCUGCGCAAGGAACUCACCGCACAGCGUGAGCGAUACAUCCAGGACACCCGCAUUCACUGCUGCUUGUACUUCAUCACUCCUACUGGUCACUCCCUCAAGCCAAUCGACAUUGUUGUGCUCAAGAAGUUGAGCGAGACUGUCAACGUCGUUCCCGUCAUUGCCAAGGCCGACUCGCUCACUUUGGAGGAGCGACAGCUGUUCAAGGACCGCAUCAAGGAGGAGUUUGCUUUCCACAACAUCCGCAUGUACCCUUACGAGAACGAGGAAUACGACAGCGAGGAAGCAGCUCUCAACUCGCAAAUCAAGUCUAUCAUCCCCUUCGCCGUCGUCGGCAGCGAGCGCAACAUCAACGUCGCCGGCAAGACUGUUCGCGGCCGCCAGAACCGAUGGGGAACCAUCAACGUUGAGGACGAGAAGCACUGCGAAUUCGUCUACCUCCGCGACUUCCUCACCCGCACUCACCUCCAGGAUCUGAUCGAGACCACUUCUCAGAUCCACUACGAGUCCUUCCGUGCCAAGCAGCUGCUCGCUUUGAAGGAGAGCUCAUCGGCAGCCGGACACGGCAACAGCGGCAGCCGCCCCAUCUCACCGAGCGCAGACCGGGAGAUCAGCAGACAGAGCCAGAGGAUGACCAUGAAUGGGUACUAG